AGUGAAAUAGGGCCUAUUGGGAUUGGAUGCUUUGGGUUGCGCUAAAACUUUCAACAAAGGAAGACCUAAGUAAAGAGUGGCUGCUAUGGUUUAAGAUUUGAACUGUUGAAGUAUAUUUACUUAUUAUAGAAUUGAAAUUUUAGUAAUACUUGCAAAAUCAAAAUCGAAAACAAAAAAUUAAAAAUGGCUGCGGGCGGAAGCGGAUUGAAGUACUCAUCGGACAGCACGGUAAUUAAAUCUCCAAACGACCGGCGACUCUACAGAGUAAUCGAGCUCCAUAAUGGUCUCGUUGCUUUACUGGUUCACGAUCCCCAGAUUUACCCCGACGGACUUCCUCAAAAUUCUCAUUUGCUAGAUAAGAUUGAGCCUGAAGCUGAAGAUGACGAAGUUGAUGACGGAGAUGACGACAAAGAAGACGAAGACGAAGAUGAAGAGGAAGAGGAAGAAGAAGAAGAUGACACCGACGAUGAGAAACAGAUUGAAGAAGAAAAGGCCGCUCAGACUAAAAAGGCAGCGGCAGCAAUGUGUGUAGGAUUUGGCAGCUUCUCUGACCCUCCCGAGGCGCAGGGUCUUGCUCAUUUUCUAGAACAUAUGCUGUUCAUGGGAAGUGCUGAAUUUCCAGAUGAAAACGAGUAUGAUAGUUACUUAUCCAAACAUGGAGGCUCAUCAAAUGCAUAUACAGAAGCUGAGCAUACCUGCUACCAUUUUGAAGUUGAAAGAGAAUUUCUCAAGGGUGCUUUGAGAAGAUUUUCUCAAUUUUUUAUUUCACCCCUUGUUAAACUUGAAGCCAUGGAACGAGAGGUGCUUGCUGUGGAUUCAGAAUUUAACCAGGUUUUGCAAAAUGACAGUUGUCGUCUUCAGCAGCUUCAGUGCCAUACAUCUGAGCAUGGUCACCCUUUUAACAGAUUCUCUUGGGGAAACAAGAAGAGCUUGGUUGAUGCUGUUGAGAAAGGAAUUGAUCUACGCAAACAAAUACUAAAACUGUACAAUGAUUAUUACCACGGUGGACUGAUGAAGUUAGUGGUAAUUGGUGGUGAGCCUUUGGAUGUACUUCAGCAAUGGGUUGUUGAAUUGUUUUCGGACGUCAGACAAGGUUCUCAAGGAAAACCAGAGUUUAAGGUGGAAGGUCCUGUCUGGAGGGCUGGUAAACUUUACAGGUUAGAGGCAGUUAAGGAUGUACAUAUCCUUGAAUUAAGGUGGACACUGCCUUGUCUUUUGCAAGGGUAUCUGAAGAAACCGGAAGAUUAUUUGGCUCAUCUUCUUGGGCAUGAGGGCAAAGGAAGCUUGCAUUACUUCCUCAAAGCUAAAGGAUGGGCAACCUCUCUAUCUGCUGGUGUUUCGGACGAUGGAAUGCAGCGAUCUUCCAUAGCUUAUAUCUUUAGCAUGUCCAUCCAUCUUACAGACUCUGGUUUGGAAAAGAUAUUUGACAUCAUUGGUUAUGUAUAUCAAUACCUUAAGCUAUUGCGUCAACUUUCUCCUCAAGAAUGGAUUUUUAAGGAACUGCAGGAUAUGGGAAACUUGGACUUCCGUUUUGCAGAGGAAGAACCACAGGAUGAUUAUGCUGCAGAACUUGCAGAAAAUUUACUUGUUUAUCCACCAGAACAUGUUAUUUAUGGAGACUAUGUCUUUGAGUUCUGGGAUGAGGAAAUGAUAAGAAAGAUUCUAGGUUUCUUCAUUCCUGAAAACAUGAGAAUUGAUGUAGUAUCGAAGUCCUUCAAGUCACAAGAUGUACAAUAUGAGCCUUGGUAUGGAUCACAUUAUGCUGAGGAAGAAAUUUCUUCAUCUUUGAUAGCAUUAUGGAAAGAUCCCCCAGAAAUUGAUGUUUCAUUGCAUCUGCCUUUGAAGAAUGAGUUCAUUCCAUGUGAUUUCUCCAUUCAAGCUGAUAAUACAAAAAUUGAUCCUGCAAAUGAAUCAUUUCCUAUAUGCAUUUUUGAAGAACCAUUGAUGAAGUUCUGGUACAAGCUUGAUAGUACUUUCAAACUUCCUCGUGCAAAUACAUAUUUUCGGAUUAAUCUGAAAGGGGCAUACCUUAAUUUGAAGAGUUGUUUGUUGACUGAACUCUAUAUUCACCUUCUCAAGGAUGAGCUAAAUGAGACUAUAUAUCAGGCCAGUGUUGCCAAGCUGGAAACUUCAGUGGCAAUGUACAGUGACAAGUUAGAGCUGAAGCUUUAUGGUUUCAAUGAUAAACUUCUUGUUCUCUUGUGCAAAGUUUUGGCAAUUGCGAACUCUUUCUUACCUACCAAUGAUCGUUUUAAGUUUAUUAAGGAGAACAUGGAGAGAACUUUAAGAAACUCCAACAUGAAGCCUCUCAGUCACUCAUCCUACUUGAGACUGCAGAUUUUAUGCAAGAGUUUCUAUGAUGUUGAGGAAAAGCUUUCUUUUCUAACUGACCUUUCUCUAUCUGAUUUGAGGGCCUUUAUUCCUGAGCUCCGUUCCCAGAUAUAUAUUGAGGGCCUUUGCCAUGGUAAUUUGUUAGAAAAAGAAGUACUUGAAAUAUCAAAUAUCUUUAAAAGCAACUUUUCUGGACAACCGAUGCCAGUCACAAUGAGGCAUAGAGAGCAAGUGAUAUGUUUUCCCCGUGGUGCCAACUUUGUGAGAGAUGUCACUGUAAAGAACAAUUCUGAAACAAACUCAGUGCUUGAGCUUUAUUUCCAAAUUGAGCCAGAAGUAGGGGUGGAAGCAGUAAAACUGAAGGCCUUGAUAGAUCUUUUCGAUGAAAUUGUGGAAGAACCACUUUUUAAUCAGCUAAGGACAAAGGAGCAACUUGGUUAUGUUGUUGAAUGUAGCCCAAGGGUGACAUAUCGUGUUUAUGGAUUUUGUUUCUGCAUUCAAUCUUCCAAGUAUAGCCCGGAUUACUUGCAGGAGAGAACAGACAACUUCAUAAACAACUUGGAAGAGCUGUUGGGAGGGCUUGAUGAUGAAUCAUUUGAGAGCUAUAGGAGUGGACUAACGGCGAAGCUGCUGGAGAAAGAUCCAUCCCUCUCAUAUGAAACCAAUCGACUUUGGAAUCAGAUUGUUGAUAAUAGGUAUAUGUUUGACUUGUCAAAGAAGGAAGCAGAGGAACUCAGAAGCAUCCACAAGAUGGACAUUGUGAACUGGUAUAAAACAUAUUUGCAGCAACCUUCUCCCAAAUGUCGAAGACUUGCCAUUCGUGUCUGGGGAUGCAACACAGACCUAAACGAGGCUGAAAGUAAAACAGAUCUUUCGCAGCUCAUUAAAGACCUUGCGGCCUUUAAGAGAUCAUCUAAAUUUCAAGCCCUGAUCUGGAAGAUCAAUGGAAGCGUGUGAAAGAUUGAUUUCAUGAUUUUUGCCUGAGUUAUGAAAUAAGAGACUUGAUCCAUGCAGAUUCUAAGCUCUGUUGCAGGUUCCACUAUGAUAUGCACGAUAUGAUGAAGGUUGACAUGAUAAUUUCAUUUCGUUGUUCCAUCUUUUGUUUGAUUUUGGUUCAAUUACAUGCCAAAGAUGAGGAAUGAAAGAACUGAUGCAUUAAUUUCCAGCUGAGGUAAGCUCACGAACUUGAAGAUGCAUGUAUACGUAAAUUUGUCUGCGGGAAUGGAAAAUGCAGGGGUCAUCCCAUAAAAAUUCAAAAAGCAAAACCAUCGAUUUGAACGGAUCAUGUGGAUACAUGUGUGUGGGAAGGGCGCUAAUGACUGACCCCGUCUUUAACAUUUUUUUCCCUUGAAUUGCACAUGGUGGGGUUUUGGGACUUAGAGGUUGGAGCUGCUGUUUUUCUGUAUGUCAGUGAGAGCUAAAAUGGGUCCCUUUUCUGGCUGCUGUUUGUCUGGCUCCUCCCUACUACAACACAUGGUACUCCCAUAAAAUCUGAUAGCACAGCAUGCAUGGGGACGAAGGGCAGUUUCAUUAAGCCCCGCCGGCCCUAACCAAAUAAGAUAAUGUUAAAUUAAAGGAUCUCUUUUGCUUCCUUAUCUUUGUGGAUAUAAUUUGAAACACUUGUCCUAAAGAAUGAUUUGUGGGGACUUGGUGAUCGCAGCUCCUGCUUGUAGGUUGUAAGCUUACAUUUUUUCAAGCAUACUAUAGUACAAAAUUAAAGAAAUAUUAAUAAAAGUGUUAAUUAUUUAAUGCCAAUAUGCUUAUAUUAACAAAGAAUAAAUCUGUGAUAAAUCUUUAAUGCCUCCAAAAUUGACGAAAUUGAUGCAUUGAUUGAAGAUUGAAGGGCCCGAUUCAGCAUGUGCUCCUGACAUGGUAGGACCCAAAUCAAUUACAAGUAAACGUCUAUGAGCAGAUUCAAAUAAUUAAUGUAUUACAUUAUGUAAUGAACUAACUCUCUUCUUCUGCCCAAACCAAAUCUAGCUCUCUUGUGAUACUUCUUUCUUAAAUGAUAAAAACCAAAAGGAAAACAAACAAAAAAAAUGCGUGAAAAUGGAGGACUUGCAUU